AUGUCGAUACAGAGAGGCAUCACGGGAAAAUCUUUUCCCAAGAUGCCUCCCUCACGUACGAUAAUUUACUCUGCAAUUAUCAUUUUUAUUUUUUUCACACUGGUCUCUUACCUCCGUAGCCCUACAUCAUCUAUGGAAUUCAAUAAUCACCAAAUGCCCCUGCCAAAACUUCCCAAGAUCUCGACCCCGAACAUGCUGAAUCCCUUUCGACAGUCUGCUCAUCCACCUCCGUUUCAAAAAAACAGCACAAGUGGAGAUGCAUCAUGGUACAGCAACUUGAAUUGGCUUAGUCCAUUCUCAUCCUCCGUGACGCUCGAUGAAAAUCGAUCCUUGCUCCCACCCUUGCCGAACAGACCGCCAAUAUACACAUACUACGACAGUUCGGAGCAACAAGACGUUGAAGUUUCAAAAUACAUCGAACAGGAGCUAUUGCUCACGUGGCGUAGAGCUUGGUGGGCACAAGGCUUUAACCCAAUAAUUUUGGGCUCAGCUGAAACGACAAGUAACCCUCGAGCAGAAGAAUUUCACCUUAAAGAGGUUGAAGCUACACUUAGAUUUGACCUUUCUAGGUGGCUGGCUUGGGAAACCAUGGGAACCGGAAUAAUGUGUGAUUACUUACUUCUUCCAAUGGGUAGAUACGACGAUACUCUAUUUACGCACCUUCGUCGCGGAGAAUACGCCAAAUUAACCAGGUUUGAGAACCUAGGUUCUGGAAUUUUUGCCGGCUCAAAGUCAGACAUAACUAAUGCAUUGAAACAAAUUUUGGCCAACAGGGAACUUUUAAAUUCUCAAGAUUUUAUUCAUGCUGUAUCGCCUGACACAUUCCUGAUUGAGCCCAAGCAUGAAGUACUAGCAUACUACGAUAAAAAGACGAUAUCAGAAAAAUAUCCCAAAAUCGCAAAUGACGUUAAUGGACAAGGAGAGAAGGGAUUGAUGAUGUUAAAUGAGUUAAUGGCUUCUCACCUUCAUAUAACAUGGCAAAACAUAUUUCAUCAGGGCAUCGCAGUGACAAAACCGCUGCCCAAACACAUGACAGCUCUAAUCGAGCCUGCGCUCACAGUGGCUAGGUCCUUGGCUACAUGUCCAAAAUCGCCGCUACCUUCGUCCUGUCCCCCAAAUUUUUUGCGUUGCAAGCCAUGUGUUGCCUCACAGCCAUUGAAAAUAUCGACACCAUCCGUCUUCUUAAAUAGUAGUUCUCUCUAUACUCUUGGUAUUGUACCUCAUCCGCAUACGAACGCACUUCUCGCAUCUUCUGGUCGUGAAAUCGACGUUGCUUGGAUCCGGCGAUUCUCUGAGCGUGAUCCCUGGAUCUUGGCUGUUACAAAAGAUCUUCUUGGAACAGGAGUUAGCGGGCCGUCACGAGUCAUGAAAUUUAAAGAGGCUGUAGCCUCUGAAUACGGCGCUGCGCGAUCACUAUGGGUCACAGCAGAAAACUCUUUCCCCCAAGAUCUAGAAUGGCAUUUUGGCUUCAAGGUACCAUCGGAUCAACUUUCAGACGCAAGAUCGGAGACCCCAGUUCCAGGCCCGGAACGACGACCAAAAAAAGAGCAUGAUCCAGCCGAUGGCCCUGAAGCAAGCGAGGAUGAUCUGCGGCUUGAGAGGGAGCUCCUCGAAAAGGCAAGAGAGUGGAGCUUUGGAACGAAGAAUGAGGAGCAGUUGCGCAUCCGUGGAGCAAUUGAAGCAUGGAACUUGGCAGAUGUGGAAGCAUGGAAGUUCACCAGAGCAUUUCUAGCGCGAAAGCGAAUGGAAAAGUUGAAGUGGCUAGAAGAAGAGAAACAAUACCUGGGCGGAAUUAAACCAGACCGGCAAAAAGAAUAG